CCCAGGUUCCGCUUGCCUGGAUUUGACGAAUGACGUGCGGAAGAUAGAACCUGGGGAAGUUGUCGGCGUCGGCACUCUAGGCGUGCCCACAAAUCAUCCGGAACCGCACAGAACCUAACGUAGCAACUCCUAGGAUUGUGGCGUAGGAUUGUUGAAGUGAUAUCUCGGGUAGCCCCGAAAAGCUAUACAGGCUUAGAACCAAGAAGCAUAAGUACGAGGGUGAUCUCCACGUUGAAGUUUGGAUCAUCACCGGGUCUCAUUGACUGGACAACGACAUCACUUCAAUACAUCUUCUCGCUAUACUUCUCAUCUGCGACCACAUCAUUAUUACUCGCAAUGGCUUUCGAGACUGCAUCCCUCGAUGGCAAAAAUGAUACCAAGUUCAACAGCACCGCAGACAAGAUCGAGGACGUCUCCGAAUCAGAACACGCCCAGCACCUCGCCGAUCUUUCGAGCAUUGAGGCCACUGCUGCAUCAAAGGCUGCAUGGCUGAUAUCCAUCACUGUCUCAUUGGGAGGACUGCUCUUUGGCUACGACACUGGCUACAUUUCUUCCGUCCUGGUCACUAUUGGAACUUCCCUCGGUCAUGAGCUCACAUCAUCCGAGCAAGAACUUGUCACUUCUCUCACAUCUGGUGGUGCCCUUGUUGGCGCUGUCAUUGCCGGUACGAUGGCCGACAAGUAUGGUCGCAAACUUCCGAUCUGGCUCGCCUGCGUCGUGUUCGUCAUUGGAACUGUAUUGCAAACCGCCUCAUUCCAUCUUCCUCAGUUCGCUGUGGGCCGCUUUGUCGUUGGCCUUGGAGUUGGUAGUGCAGCUAUGGUUGUUCCUCUGUAUAUUAGCGAACUUGCACCUGCUCGUUAUAGAGGCCGCAUGAUUGCUUUCAACAACAUGUCUGUCACAUUCGGUCAAUUCUUGGCCUCUGGAAUUGGCGCUGGAUUUGCUCAAGUUGGUGGCGAGGGCUCCCAAGCAUGGAGGGCAACAGUUGGCAUUGGUGCCGCACCCGCCAUUCUCCUUGCUGGACUUCUCUUCUUGUGUCCCGAAUCUCCUCGUCAACUUGUUGCACACGGCAAAGUCGACGAGGCCAGCGUUGUUCUUACCCGCAUCUACCCGACUUCCACCGAGGAGCAGCGCCGUGCAAAGAUCACUUCGAUCGAAGUGAGCAUAAAUGAAGCUACCCAGACAAUGGUCGACGACUCAGUCUUCAAGACGUUGGCUCGCAUCUUUACUACCCCCGCUACCUUCCGCGCCGUCCUCACUGCGUGUACCAUCAUGGCCAUCUCCCAGCUCAGCGGGUUCAACACACUUAUGUACUACAGCGCUACUCUGUUCAAGAUUGUUGGUUUCUCUAAUGCUACGGCGGUUGCGAUUGUCGUUUCAGCUACGAACUUCGUCUUUUCGUUCGUCAAUCUUAUCAUCGUCGAUAAAUUUGGCCGCCGCAAGAUCCUCCUUGUUACCGUUUUCGGCAUGUGUGUCUGCUUGGUAAUCGCCGCUGUCUCGUUCGCCUAUAUUCCCAUUGAUCUUCAUACUCUUGAGGUUCAAAGCGAUAACAUUGGCUGGCCUGGCAUGCUGCUCAUUGUCGUCAUUGUCUUGUUUGUUGGGUUCUACAGCUCCGGAGUCGCCACAGUUGCGUGGAUCGGCACCGAGCUUAUUCCACUCGAAGUUAGAGCCGUUGGCACUAUGCUCAAUACCGUGACAUGCUGGUCCACAAAUAUCAUCAUUGCGUCCACUUUCCUCACCAUGAUGAAGGGCAUCACCCCCUCCGGCGCUUUCGGCUUCUACGCCGCGAUCUGCUUCUUCGGAUGGCUCUUUGUCAUCUUCUGCUUCCCUGAAGUUAAAGGAAUGCCGCUCGAGAAUAUUCGCCAGGUCUUCGAACACGGCUUUGGUGUCCGCUAUGCACGCAGGUGGCAGAAGGAGAACAAGCAAUUUGCGAAGAUCAAUGCUGCGAAUCAGGGUCCUGCUAUGGGUCAUUAGAUGCGCAGAUAUAUGGCGGGAGGUUGUGGCCGUUUUGUAUAUUUUGUAUCAAUUCCGGAACAUGUCUAUACAGUCAGUGAUCAGAGCCACACCUGCAUUUUGCACGAAUCAGAUGAUAGUAUUAAAUUAAGCAAGU